AUGACUGUUUUCGUCGUGUCCUUAUUUCUCCCAUACACUGUCAACUUUCGCCUUCCGGAAUGUUCGAUCAGGAAGCGGACAUCAAGCCCUAGACGCCGUCAUAUGCGGGAAGGGUCCUCAGAGCUUCACAGGAGGCAGUUCAACAGCCUGUUCCCCCAGCAGAAGAAGCCGAGCUGCCCCCCAUCGAGACCAACAUUUAUCAAAGAGCAGGCCCAAUUGUCUGCCAUCGCAUCUGACAAGCCAACACUUAGGGCGGAUCAACCCGGAUACCCGUUCCCUUCUCACAACGAUCUUCAGCCACUUGCCCCGAGCGACCCCCAUUCACCAACAUGGGGAACCAAGGGAGUAUUCAACCAACCCGAAGCGCAGCCCCUUAGUUCCCCUGCACCAUCUGUUCUCGCUCACGGUGUCGCAAUUGAUACCUCCCAGAAGGCGGGAGAUGUCGCUAGGUCGUUGGGUUCCACUCAAUCAAUCAGCGAAAGCCAACUUUUUUCAGAAGCGGAUUGGACCAUAGAAUCGUCGGAACAAGGGAAUGGUGGACUUCGGAAUGCAGUUCGCUCUGCUGUGGACACCGGACUUCUAAAGGAUAAGCUGUGGGUCGGAACUCUCGGCAUGCCUACCGACGUACUAGGUGACCAUACCAAGGAUACAAUCGCCGAAAAAUUGGAGGUGGACUUUGACUCAUUGACCGUCUACGUAAACGAUAUCGACCUUGAUGGCCAUUAUCUCCACUUUUGUAAAACAAUUCUUUGGCCGGUUUUCCAUUAUCAAAUCCCUGACAACCCGAAGAGCAAGGCCUAUGAAGAUCACUCAUGGGUCUACUACGUCAGGACCAAUCAAGCGUUUGCGGACCGCAUAGUUCACAAUUGGAAGCGUGACGAUGUCAUCUGGAUUCAUGAUUAUCACCUGCUGUUGGUUCCCGCGAUGAUACGAAAGCAGAUCCCUGAUGCUCAAAUCGGGUUCUUUCUCCAUAUCGCAUUCCCAUCCUCUGAGGUGUUUCGCUGCUUGGCUGUUCGUGAAGAGCUAUUAAAAGGCAUGCUAGGUGCCAACCUCAUAGGCUUCCAAGCACAGGAAUAUUGCCACCAUUUUUUGCAAACCUGCAGUCGCAUCCUUACAGUCGAGGCUACGAAUGAAGGUGUCCAACUAGAAGACCGCUUCGUUAACGUUGGGACAUUUCCAAUCGGCAUUGAUGUGAAAGCUUUGGACCGGAGACGUGAAGAUGAGGACGUCGCACAAUGGAUGCGAAUCAUUAAGGAAAAGUAUAGUACGAAGCAUCUUGUUGUGGCCCGCGAUAAGCUGGACAACAUUCGAGGUGUCAGGCAGAAACUGCUCACGUACGAACUUUUCUUGCGAAAAUACCCUCAGUGGCAAGACAAGGUGGUUUUAAUUCAAGUCGCUUUACCAUGCACCGACCAAUCUGAGCUCGAUGCGACUGUAUCGGAUAUCGUUACGCGAGUGAACUCUGCUAACUUCAGUUUAGCACAUCAACCUCUAAUCUUUUUGAAACAGGAUAUCAGCUUCCCUCAGUAUCUUGCUUUAAUCACCAUGGCUGACGUUUUAAUGGUCACCAGCCUUCGCGAAGAUGGUAAAUAUUCGAACAAAAAACAUGGUUCUCUUAUUCUCAGCGAAUUCACGGGGAGUGCCUCCCUCUUCGAUGGACACACGUUGCUUGUCAAUCCCUGGAACUACAGGCAGUGUGCGGAGGCUUUGAACACGUCCCUCCAAUUGACUCCUGAACAAAAGGAGCGCAACUGGACGAAAUUGAAUGACACAAUAAUGAAACACACGACUGUAAAUUGGUUCGAAGAAUUUGUCGACGCCCUCUCGAAAGCUUAUAGCGAACAAUCCUUACGGGAUAAUGUGUCUAUACCUCGACUGUCAGUCAGUGAUCUUUCAGCUAAAUAUAAGGAGUCUUCUAGUCGACUGUUCAUCCUCGACUAUGAGGGCACACUGGCAUCCUGGGGUUCGCCAACCAGUAUCGUGUUAACCACACCGAAACGCGCCAUUGAUACAUUGAAUGACCUGAUCGAGAAUCCCCAAAAUAUAGUCUACGUGAUGAGUUCCAGAAUGCCCGAGGAAAUGGAGCGACUUUUCGCUCGUGUUGGAGGUUUAGGUCUAAUUGCAGAAAAUGGAUGUUACGUUCGGGAAGCGCAUGUAGAAGAUUGGAUUAAGCUUGUGAGCGACGAGAAAACUACUGCGUGGAAGGAUGGAGUCGCGGAUAUGAUUCGUUAUUUCCAGGAACGUACCGAAGGCAGUUGGGUCGAACACAUGCACUCCUCUCUAGUAUUCCAUUUUGCACACGCUGAGGACCCCCAAACAGCCGAACGACAUGCCUCUGAGUGCGCCAACCAUAUCAAUGACACCUGCGCCAAUCAUCAGGUGCAUGCCGUCGUGGACCAGGAUGCUCUGGUUGUCGAGCCCAUUGCCCCGAACAAGGCUACCGCUGCGUGUCUGGUUCUCGAUGGCAUUCAGAAAUCCGCCCGGGCUUCUAACAAUCAGGGACCGGAUUUCCUCUUGGUAGUUGGCGAUGGUCGGGAAGACGAGGUUAUCUUCCGCUGGGCGAAUGAAGUGGGACGGCAAAAGAGAAUCAAAAACACCUUAACCGUCACACUAGGGUCGAAGAAUACAGAGGCAGCGGCAACGCUAACACAAGGAGUGACUGGUGUUCUUUCCUGUCUCCAGAAGUUGGCUGCCAUCUCAUAG